AUGGUAGAUUGUAAAUGUUUUCAAAGGAGACGAAAGGGAAAGCACGAUACUACUAAUACUACAAAUUCCCAGAGUCGUGAAGUUUAUGCUAAUGGUUUGUUAAAUACAAAAGGUGAUCAAUUUAAGCAUAAUUAUUGUAAUAAUGCAAUCACCUCGUCACGUUAUACAUGGUAUAAUUUUUUUCCAAAAAAUCUAUUUGAACAAUUUCACAACAUGGCUAAUAUUUACUUUGUAUUGAUUGCAAUCACCUAUUUUUUUGUCGAUAGUUUUGGUGAUGUUUCGGUGACAAUUAUGCCUCUGGUUGUUAUCAUCGGUUUAUCAAUGAUAAAAGAUGGUCUUGAGGAUAUAUUACGUCAUCGAGCGGAUAAACAACUGAAUUCUUUAGAGUUUCAAGUAUUAAAUAUUGAUUUUAAUAAAAAACAAAUUCAGUGGAUUACUAAACGUGCUGCGUCGAUAUCUGUUGGUGAUGUCAUCUAUUGUAAGUGCAAUCAAGCUUUCCCAUGUGAUCUUCUCUUGUUGACAUCAAGUAAUGCUACAGGACAAGUGUAUAUUACAACAGCCAACUUAGAUGGAGAAAGUAAUGCGAAAAAGUAUUAUGCCAUUUCUAAAAUGCAAUCUAUCUAUUCUGAGUAUGCAACCGAUGAAAUGAUUGAUAAAAAGUUGCAGCAUUCAAGUUUUGAAUAUGUCAUUGAAGAAUUAUUCUUGAAAGUGAAUUGUCAACCGCCAAAUGAACAGCUGAAUACAUUUGAAGGUCGUUACACAAAUAAACAAUUGAACGGUGCUAGCCUACCAUUAAUUAUAACAAAUCUAGCUUUACGUGGAGCUAGACUCAUCUCUACAGAUUAUGUAAUCGGUUUAGUGUUAUACACUGGAAAGGAUACAAAAUUAUCGUUAAACAGUAAAAAGGCUAAACGUAAGUAUAGUUCACGAGAGGGUCUUUCCAAUGUUAUCCUACUCAUGUUUAUGGGUGCAAUGAUUGGUUUGACAAUUAUCCUAUCGAUUCUUUCCACACUAUGGAUUAAACAGAAUUCUGUGAAUAUCUGGUAUGUGACAUUUGAACAGUUGACACCGUGGCAAUUUGUUCGAACUAUGUUUCGAUUCUUGUUCACGUUAAAUUAUCUUAUACCAAUAUCAAUUUUAGUUACAACUGAAUUUCAACAAUUGUUGCUCGCCUUCACAAUAUCAAAUGAUAUAGAAAUGUAUGAUCCUGUUGAAGAUUUACGUAGUCGAGCGAAUAAUUCCCAGUUGGCUGAUGAAUUAGGUCAAGUGGAAUUUUUAUUCAGCGAUAAAACCGGUACACUGACACAGAAUCAAAUGGUACUACGUUCAUGUUGUGUACUGGAUAAGAAGGAACAUGUUUACAAGUGUGAUGCUGGCGUUGUAUCAAGUAGAAGUAAUAGUAAUACCAAUGCAAAUACAACAAAUACGGAUGACACUUUAAGAAAAGAAGGAGAAGAAGAAGUGUACAGUUCAUCAGAUUCAGAGGAGGAUGAUGCCGCUGUUGUUAUCGAUGAGAAUGCUCAAAGCCGACGAAAUAUCCAACAGACUGCUAAUAAGAUGAAUGGUAAACAUAAAUCGAAAACAAGUUAUAAUGUUAAACAUCCUAAAUUACCAGAUAUGAAUCCAAAAUUACGUGAAUUUUUAACUAUUGUAGCUCUUUGUCAUACAGUUGAACUGGAUACAACAAAAACUACAGGGGAAUCAACAACUUCUACAACUGACAAUAAUAAAAGUUAUGAUACUACAGAGAAAUUAAAUAAUUCGAGAAAACUCAGCAAUAAGGAUAAUGUUACGCACAAGGAUUCAAAUCUACCGCCAAGAUUUUAUGUGUAUGGAGCAACUUCACCAGAUGAGAAAGCGCUUGUUGAAGCAGCCUCAAGACUUGGUGUUGUUUUCGCUGGUAAAGAACGUGAUUUGGCCGAGGGUGGUUCGAACAGAGUCUACAUUGACUAUUGGUCCUGUUCACCAGCACCCGAUGAACAAGCAAAAUAUCUUGGUCAAAAAUCUUAUCUUAUUGAUGCUGUAUUAGAGUUUGAUUCAGUACGGAAACAAAUGUCCGUUAUGGUACGAUAUCCUGAUGGAUCAUAUUAUGUUUUGAGUAAAGGUGCGGAGGUUCCUAUGCUGGAUCCUGAGAAAUGUCCUGUUAAUUCUGGUAAACGACGUACCGCUGCACUGAAAUAUGUCAAUGAAUAUGCUAUCAAUGGUCUGCGUACACUUGUAUUCGGCGAACGUAAAAUAGAUAAGGCGGCUUACAUGAAAUUGCUUAAUGAUUUAAAAGCAGCAUCUGGUUUAAUUGGUCAAUCGCGUGUUACUGCUUUGAGAGAAUGUUAUUAUAAAAUUGAAACGGAUAUGAAACCGAUAGCUGUUACUGGUAUUGAGGAUAAACUGCAACCUGGUGUUAAAGGUUGUAUACAAGCAUUAAAAGAGGCAGGAAUACAAAUAUGGAUAUUAACUGGUGAUAAAGCAGAAACAGCGAUAACAGUGAGUCAAUCAGUUGGACAUUUCACAUCAAAUAUGACAUUGAUACGAUUAACAGGCUGUCAAGAUCUACAUUCAACAGCUUAUAAAAUAUACGAACAGUUAGAACGUUUAACAUCUUCUAUGUUUCAUGAACAAGUUGGAAUUAAACAGCCCAGACUAUCAUUUAUUGGUGAUUCGAUUCUACCAAGAGUUCAAGCUUUCAUCUCUGAUACAAUAUCAAGGACAUCAGUAUCAGAAUCCUAUUCAUACGCAAAUACUGAUAAUGAAUUUAAACCUGAUGUAUACUAUUAUGAUGAAAAUAAUAAUAGUAAUAAUAAUAAAGUAUCUCCAUGGAUAAAAGCUAGACAGUGUGAAUUAUAUAUUCGGAGAAAGCAUAAAAAAAGACCAGGUAUGGCAAAUGAACCUAUUGGACUUGUUAUAGAUGGGAAAACUAUUCAAUAUGCAUUACAUCCAUCAGUACGUAAAGCAUUUCUUGAUUUAUGUAUGAGAGUUACAACUGUAUUAUGCUGUCGUAUGACACCUCUGCAAAAAGCAUCUAUCGUCAAAUUAGUUCAGAUUGGUUUAGCUAAAUAUACACGUCAGGGUGUGAUACCAGUGACAGCUGCUAUCGGAGAUGGUGGUAAUGAUGUGGCUAUGAUAUUACAGGCUAAUAUUGGUGUUGGAGUUUAUGGGAAAGAAGGUAGUGAAGCUGCAAGAGCCUCUGAUUAUGCACUUACCGAGUUCAGGCAUUUACAGCGUCUACUACUAUUACACGGUCAUUGGUCAUAUUAUCGUAUUACAAUAACAAUGUUAUUCUUUUAUCAUAAAUGUGUUGCAUUUGUCGCCAAUCAAAUGUGUUUAACAUACUUCACGGGAUUCUCAGAAAUACCAUCCUUUGGAACUAUCCUAUUUGUAUGUUAUAAUUUAACAAUGACAUUUCUAGUUAGUAUGGGUUAUGGAAUGUGGGAACAGCAUAUUAAAGCGAAAAUAUUAUUAAAUAAACCACAUUUAUACAGAGCUAUGAGACAUCAAGCCAACUUAAAAGCUUGGUAUAUAUUGUUUUGGGUUCUGGAUGGUGUAUGGCAUGGAAUAGUGACCUUUUUUAUACCCUAUUUUUGUCUAGUCGGUGGUCAAUACUUUUCUGAAGCAUUUUUCUAUGAUUCGGGUAAAAUAUCGAAUGGAAUUUAUGAUUUUACAAUGCUUGGUAAUGCAUCAUUUAUUUGUCUAUGGGUGGCAAUCACUCUACGUUCAACAAUAUGGACAAGAGAUUUUAAUCUAAUGAUAAUUACGUGUCAUGUUUGUACAAAUUUGAAUCUUUUCAUUUUAUUCAUGUAUCAAACAUUUGGUUCACCGUUGAGCAGUGAAUAUGAAAGAUAUUCUCAGUUGGGUCGCAGUCCUGCUUUUUGGUUCACAUUUCUUAUCACUGUUAUGGUAGCUAUUGGUCCAGCUAUAUGUUGGCGUAUAGCCUCUGACACAUGGUGGACUGUACAAAUUGGAUUGAGAUCUGUGCCAAAAGAACAAAGACGUAAAUUUUACAGGAAAAAUCCACUUGUCUGGUUGAAAGCAUUAGUUUAUGGUCAACAAGAUGAUAUUGAAACUAUUUUGUAUAAAAAGCCAACAACAAGAGAAGAAGUGAACAAAGCUUUCCGGGAAUAA